GGUGUUGAGGCGGCGGGCGGGACAUGGCAACACUGCUGGCUUAUAUAAAGAGUGUCAGGAGCCGCGGCGCAGACCUCUCUCAUCUCCCCCGUUGGAAGGCCGCUGCACCAAGCUCCCCUCCCUCGCUGCCCUCACUGCAACACCCCAAAAAGAAGGCGUAAUGUUCCCCCGUGGCAUCGUGGUGGUGGCCCUGGCCGUGGUGGCGUUGCUGCUCCUCACCUCGGGCGGGGCAGCGUCGGCCAAGCCCCUGGGUGAACAGGACCCCGCGGCCCCCGGGAUGGGUGGCCCCGUCGUCGCCUUCGCUCGCCAGCCACCCCAGGGAUACGAGCCAUACGGGAACACUCAGGCCUUGGACGAGGAUGGCACUCUGGACACCGCUCUCGCCAACUACCUUUUCGCUAAGCAACUCCUGCAGCGACUUCGAACCCCAAGCGAGGUCUCCCGCGAAACCCAGCGCAAGAGGUCAUACUGGAAACAGUGUGCUUUCAACGCCGUCAGCUGCUUCGGCAAGAGGAAGUAAAGGAAAAGGGCGACUUGUAACAUUCUCUAUUACUUCUGUUAUAAUUACUCCUCGUCCGUCUGCUAUAAUUACUGCUCCUGCCGCUGAUAUUGCUGUUACUCAUCCCACCCCGGCCACCAGUUUAAGAAUCUCGCCGCUGCCACCAAUUUACGUAUCUUACCGCUGCCGCCAGUUCACUUAUCCCACCGCUGCCACCAGUUUACUUAUUCCACCCCUGGCACCAGUGUAAUACCUCCUACAGCUGUUUUAUUCCUUUUAUUACUUUGCCGCCGCUACCAGCAAUGCAAUAUCUUUCUUUACUACUACUGAUUCUACUACUUUACUACCCUCGCGACCUAUGUAAUAUCUUGUACUCCUACUGAUGCGUCUUCUUUCCUGUUUUUAUCACCGAAUUAGCACUUUCAACUAUCAUUCUCAAGUCUGUGCUCCUACUACCACUACUACUGCUACUGAUACUACAACUUCUGCAGCGACCACCACUAUUGUAUUUGUCCCAUUUUCUUCUCACUCUUUGUUUUCUUCGUCAUCGUCUUCGUCUUCUUCGUCCAUCCCGCCCUUCCUCUCCCCCUUGUCGUCUUCGUCUGUCACUCCUCCAUCGUCAAACACUAUUAUUACGUAUUAUUACCAUUACUAGUGAGAGAGUGGUACUGCCAGCGCCAUCUCAUCGGUACUACCACGCGGCUGCCCACUUGUCGCCGCCGCCGGAAUCGGGUUGAAAAUGUAAGAAGUACCAACGUUGACCUGUAUCGUGACGUAACCUUAUUGUAAAGACGUUAGCGUACUCCUGCUGCCACUACUGCUACUACCAACUCCACGACUACUACUACGACUACUAUUACUAUUACUACAACUAUGAACAACACCGAACAUAUGUGACUAUUAACCCUCUUAUAUACCGUACAAAUUCAAUAUACCUACCACAACAACAACUACUACUACUAUUACUAUGAAUAAGGCCGAACGUAUGCGACUCCUAACCCAGUUAUACACCAUACAAAUCUAUUUUAACUCCUGUUUUUAUUUAUACUACUGCUACUACAAAAUCUCAAUCACCUAACCUCUUAUAACAGACUUUAAUACGUACAUACACACAAAUAUGUUUCUGUUACUUAUCCCAUCGCUGCCACCAGUUCAUUUAUCCCACCCCUGCCACCAGUGUAAUAUACAUCUACUACUUCUACUACUAUUAUUUACUACUACAACUACUACUACUACUACUACUACUACUACUACUACUACUACUAUUACUACUACUGCUACUGCUACUACUAUUACUACUACUACAACUACACCCUUUUAUAACCUCCUCUGUAACACUCCUCUCCGCACCCACAGCACUAUAACAACCCUUGCCCAGGUAACUCAGUCGGGAGGUGUCGGUUCUAUAAAGACAGGUGAGGUUCAGGUGGAAUGGUUGGUAACAAUUAAUUAAUCCACGGUAUUGAUGGGCUUCGGUUUCGACUCAUCAUCAUUCACAUGGGAAAUGAAAAGCAGGUCCGUUCGAGUAAUGAAGGUUAAGUGACAUUACCUGUCUGUUUUGCGCUCUCUCUCUCUCUCUCUCUCUCUCUCUCUCUCUCUCUCUCUCUCUCUCUCUCUCUCUCUCUCUCUCUCUCUCUCUCUCACGUAAUUGGGCCCUCCUGAUAGUGUCACAACCAGAGGAGCCAAUGAUUGGUUUUCUGACUCCGAUCAUGUUGGUUUUUGUCAGUAGUAAUUUUCCUCUCAAUGUUUUUCCUCGUAACCUUCGUUCUAUCGUCCUCUGAGUAAGCAUUAGGUACACACACACACACACACACACACACACACACACACACACACACACACACACACACACACACACACACACACACACACACCUUCCUCUCUCUCAGGUGUCAUGGCUGGGCUGGUUCACAAUGGGUCUUACCUGUUCUGUGUGCUGGAGGGAAGAAUGGGCUAGGCAGGUAUAUAGGGAAGGAAAGGGAGCUAGAGAGGGAGAGUAUAUGUGUUUGCCCUAUAGUGGUGUAUGGGAAGGACGUAGCAAAAGGAAAGGGACUAAAAAUACUGCACGGUUGAAAGGCUUUGUAUAGGUAAAGGUGUGUUGAUUAGUGAGGAACAGGUAUAAAGGUUGUCUAAAGAGGUGUUUAUGACGUGCGUUUUGAGUCAUUUAAGUUCAAAGAAUGUAUAACUAUUUUUAUAUGUUGCUGCUAAGGAGAUUGUGUGUUAUUUUUAAGUUCAUGAACUAUAUACCUUUUCUUCUUCCAUUCAAAAGUGACAAGAGCGUUUUGAGUCAUUAAGUUCAAAGAAUGUAUACCUAUUUUGAUAUUUUGGAGAUUGUGUGUUAUUUUUAAGUUCAUGAACCAUAUACCUCUUCUUCUUCCAUUGCAAAAGUGACAAGUUGGAGGGCUAUACAUUUCUCCAUCUUCAAUUUCAAAGGCGAGUGUGUGUUUUGAGUUCAUGGACUGAAGACAUAUUCUUUUCUUCUGUGGCAAGAGCGUAAAUUUAAAGGACCAUAUAUUUUUUCCUUCCAUUGCAAAGUCGAGUGUGUUGUCCUAUGUUCAUGGACUUAAUACGUUUUUUCCUUCUAUUGCAAAAGUGAAUGAUGUCUUUACGUUCACGGUCUACUCUCUCUCUCUCUCUCUCUCUCUCUCUCUCUCUCUCUCUCUCUCUCUCUCUCUCUCUCUCUCUCUCUCUCUC